AUGUAUGGCUACGACCAACAACGUCAGGGGACACAGAAGGUCAACUACAACAACUAUGCCAGUCCGGCGGCAGCAGCUGGCCAAGCUAGCGCUUUGUAAGUUAAAUGAAUAACUAUAUUGCUGUCACGAAUGUUUUAUAUUUUGUAAAUUGUAUCAUGUAAAUGAGAUUUUUUAGUUAAUCUUUAUGUUUUUGGAUUAUAUUGUUGUGUAUAAGCUUUGUUGCAGAAUGACCUACAACAACUACAUUCAAUCUCUGGGACAGAAUUCUGCCGCUGCUGGUUACGGAGGAAUGGAGACUUAUGGUACCACGAACCCAGCUGCUGCAGCCGCUGGAUACGGCCAAGCGAUGGACACGUAUGGGAAUGCAGGUAACUACACCAGAACAUAUGCUACUGCCUCAUCCAACAAUAUUCCAUUGGGAGGCGGCAAUGGAUACUCUACUUACACGACUCAACCAGCGGUUAGAACAGGAAGAACUAACUCAACUUUUGGAGUUAUGAAUGCUGGAGUCAAUAAGAGAGUUGUCGGCCGCGCAGCUUGGACCAAGAAGCCCAAGGUUCCCAAGCCACCGGUCGAUUUGAGACAAUACUUUUGCGAGACUUGUAAUGUGUCUUGUGGAGGACCACAAGCCUAUCAAGACCAUUUGGCCGGCAAAAGUCAUAAGAGAAAGGAAGAAGCGUUGAAGAAGGGCGACGUUGGUCUUCCGAAGAACAAAAAGUCCUAUAAAUGUGAAGUUUGUAACGUAACUUGCUCCUCCAAAGAGGCUUUCGAUACUCAUAUUGCCGGCGCUAAGCAUAAUAAGGCGGUGAACACGUUGAAGAAGAUGGGAAAGCCGAUUCCGGAGUCCGUUAUUAAUGUGAUCAUGCCUCACGGAGAACCCACUCAGCAUCUGCCAGUUAACAAGAAGGUUGUCGGCGUUACUUCAACAGCGUUUGUAGGAGGCAAAGACUUGACAACCACUAAGAAUGGUGAAGAGGAAGAAGAUACUCUUGAUGAGAGUGAGGAGGUUCAGGUUCCGCCAGUUGGAGAAGAGUUCUUGGAUGAAGUUAAGGGAGGAAAGGUGACUUCUUACUUCUGUAAGCUUUGUGAAUGCACUUGUGGAGAUCCAUCUGCUCGUAAUUUGCAUGUUAGAGGAAGAAGACAUCGAUUGCAAUACAAAGUAAGUUCAUUUUUGUUUAUUUUCUCAUUUUUAGGUAAUAGUUGAGCGUCUGAAUCUGAUAUUGGUGCUUUUAAGAGAUUCUUUUCUUUGUUAGCACUGUUAUAAAAUGGGUUUUGAAGGUGUUAUGAAUUUAAAAUACGUUUUUCAGAUGAAAGUUGAUGCUUCCAUCCAGGUAGACCUUAAGGGCGGUUCCAAGAUCAGAGGUGUCAAGAACAUUCACGCAGCUUUAAGAAACAACAGGCAAGUCUUUGUUUGAAAUUGGAUAUUGUAGUAGGUUCCUUUUAGGGAAGCCUUUCAAAAAGAUCGAACCAGGAUGCCAAAAGAAUCUUUUUACCUAUUCCGCGUCUUUUUCGUGUUAAUUCAUAUUCCAGAAAACAUCCUUUGUAUAGUCUAAUCAAUCGCUGUCUUUAGAAUCAACAAAGUCGCUACAUGUAACUUGUACGGUGGACAAGCACCAUCAGCCCUUCCGGACACGACAAUGUACGAUGCUUAUGAUGAACAGCACGUUCGCGCACGUUUGGAGCAGAUCAAGCCUGAUCACGAUAAAAUCAAGAACUGCGAGCGACUGAUCGAAGUUGUGGAGAAGACGCUAAAGAAGAUCUCGGACAAGCUGAAGGAAGAGAACGGAGAGACUGGAGACGAUCGGCUUCUGAGAGGUGUUAUUAGAGUAGGAUAUUUGGGAGAGCAUCUUUUAUUGAAGACGGACAAGAUCAUCCACACCGUUCUGUUGUGCCGCGAUAUUCCGAGCAUUUCUUUGCUUCAGAAACUGGUCGACAUCUUUGUGGAGAAUGUUGAUGUAAGUUAAACUGUUAAUUAAAUUUCUCAUAUUGUAGUAUUAUUUUUUUAUUUUAAAAAUGUGAUUUAUAUUGUGAUUUUUUUACUUUUAUAUUGCUAUAUCUACAUUUUCAGGAUGAAUCAGAAAAGGACAAAGUCAAGGUGGAGUUGAGUGUGUCCGAAAGUGCAUUUACUGUCAGCUUGGAAGAUGUGGAUUUGAAAUGUGUUGUCACUUUGACUUCUGUAAACCUUCGAAAGCCAAAAACAGGUAAAUAUUCUUUCAUAAAACAAUAUUUUUAAUUUUAUGGCAAUGUUUAUUCAAGACUGAAGUUUUCAUUAUAAUAGACCUAAUUUUGUUCCUUUUUCCUUACAUUUUAAUGUUCUGUAGAGAAAAAAGAAGGUGAAGAAGCGAAAGAAGAACCAGCGGUUGAGCUACCUAAAGACCCCCUCCCAAAAGCGCCCUGCCUUAAAGCUCUGGCUGAUCUCAGACAUACCAAGUUCUUCCAACAAAAGUGCAUCGAAGUGCAGAGUCUGGUAGAGGUAGUGCUGCUGUUGAGAGAUGUUGGUAACCGAAUCGACACUUGGAGUGUCUUCUCAUUGUAUGUACUCGAACUUUUGGUCUACAAGACAAUCGUAUCUCAUCCGAUGCCGUUGAGAGUCAGCGACGCUUUCAGACGGUUCUUCGAAGUAAUGUCUACUGGACAGUACCUGUCAAGUAAGUUUAGUUUUUUAUGAAUUUAAUUUACGACUAAAAAUAUAUUAAUUAACGACUUCUAUAUUAUAUUUUUGAUGACAUAUUAUUUGUAAAGUUUAGUCCGAAGCACGUUGGAAGAUCCCUGCGAAAAAGAAGCUCAGAACCCCCUAGCCGACCUGACCAAACAACAGAGGGAGAACAUCAUCUGCAGUGCCCAACAUGGCCUUCGUCUUAUCGCCUACGAUCAGAUUCACACUAUUUUAGGAAUGGAACGGGUGGAGCCGCAGUCUAGGAAGCGAUCGGCCGAAGACGAGGAUAAAGAGUCCGGAGUCGGUGCGUAACGGUGGUUUAGUUUGUAAUUAUUUUAACUUAUGUAUCAUUCUGAUUAGCCAACUUAAGAGCAAAACAACAGAAUAGUUAGUGCCAUCAUUUGUGAGGGUAUUGCGAUGUUUUGUAUCCCAUUUAACCGUUUACCUAUUUAGAGUCGAAGAAGGAAAAGGUCGACGCCGGCAUGGAAGAAGCCCAAAAUUAA